UGAGGUGGCCGCUGAAGCUGAGGCGGCGGGCGCGGCCAGGAUGGCGAAGAGCCUCGAAGAGAACGGGCCGCGCGCGCCCGCAGCUGAGGGGAGCCUGUCGGGGACCCGGGAGAGCUUGGCCCCGGGCCCCGACGCCGCAGCCGCCGACGAGCUCAGCUCUCUGGGCUCCGACUCAGAGACCAACGGCUUCGCCGAGCGCCGCAUCGACAAGUUCGGCUUCAUCGUGGGCUCGCAGGGCGCCGAGGGCGCGCUGGAGGAAGUCCCCCUGGAGGUGCUGAGGCAGAGGGAGUCCAAGUGGCUGGACAUGCUCAACAACUGGGACAAGUGGAUGGCCAAGAAGCACAAAAAGAUCCGGCUGCGGUGCCAGAAAGGCAUCCCACCUUCUCUGCGGGGCCGCGCUUGGCAGUACCUGUCAGGAGGCAAGGUGAAGCUGCAGCAGAACCCUGGAAAGUUCGACGAGCUGGACAUGUCCCCUGGGGACCCCAAGUGGCUGGAUGUGAUUGAGCGUGACCUGCACCGGCAGUUCCCUUUCCACGAGAUGUUUGUGUCCCGGGGGGGCCACGGCCAGCAGGACCUGUUCCGGGUGCUGAAAGCCUACACGCUUUACCGACCCGAGGAGGGCUACUGCCAGGCCCAGGCGCCCAUCGCCGCCGUGCUGCUCAUGCACAUGCCCGCCGAGCAAGCCUUCUGGUGCCUGGUGCAGAUCUGUGAGAAGUACCUGCCCGGCUACUACAGUGAGAAGCUGGAGGCCAUCCAGCUGGACGGGGAGAUCCUUUUCUCGCUGCUGCAGAAGGUGUCUCCCGUGGCCCACAAGCACCUCAGCCAGCAGAAGAUCGACCCGCUGCUCUACAUGACCGAGUGGUUCAUGUGCGCCUUCUCGCGCACCUUGCCCUGGAGCUCCGUGCUGCGUGUCUGGGACAUGUUCUUCUGUGAAGGAGUUAAGAUCAUCUUCCGGGUGGGCUUGGUGCUGCUGAAGCAGGCGCUGGGCUCCCCCGAGAAGGUCCGAGGCUGCCAAGGCCAGUACGAGACCAUCGAGCGGCUGCGGAGCCUCAGCCCCAAGGUCAUGCAGGAGGCCUUCCUGGUCCAGGAGGUGGUGGAGCUGCCAGUGACGGAGCGCCAGAUUGAACGUGAGCACCUCAUCCAGCUGCGCCGCUGGCAGGAGACACGGGGGGAGCUGCAGUGCCCGUCCCCGCCCAGGCUGCACGGCGCCAAGGCCAUCCUGGAGGCAGAGCCGGGCCCACGACCCAGCCUGCAGCCCUCACCGUCCAUCCGCCUGCCCCCGGACGCCCCCCUUUCUGGCUCCAAAGGCAAGUCCAAGGCAUCCAAGCAGGUCCAGAAGGAGCCGCGGGAGCCGGCGAGAGAGAGUGGGCAGCAGGGCCGGCCCCCCACCCCGGGUCAGGCCAAGGCGGCGGCCGCUGCGGGAGACGCAUCUCCCCCACAGGAUGCGCCCGCGCAGGACCCGGCCCCCCAGGACUCAGCCCACCACCGCUCCCGGGAGAGCCUGACGUCCCAGGAGAGUGAGGACACCUACUUGUAACCCUGGCAGCUCAGGCCCCUGGGCUGGGGUCUCCACACACCACAUGGUUCACCGACUGACUGACACUCCAGAGCCCGCCCACCCUCUGAGGGCCCGCUGCCUGGCCCCGCGUGGCAGAGGGUCUGGCUGGCCCAGCACAGAUUCUGCCUGAGUCUCCUUAUUUAUUUUCUCCAGAGUGGAGCUCGGGCCGGCCCAGCUAGGGCAGGUGGAAGUGCGGGCCUAUGGGUGGGGCCUCA